AAUGAUGGAGCAACACAAAAAUGUACCGGACUUAAAGUUGUAACACAAUGUACUCAGCAUUACUUUUGAUCUUGGUUAUGGCUGUGGAUUUUUCCAUUUCUGAAGAGUGUUAUAAAUUUAUGACCCGGAUGCAAGAGCUGGAAAAAUGUUGUACUGUCAAGGAUCCGUUUCCGAAGGAAGCUCUCCCGAAAUGCUAUCAAUCAGCGGAGGGAAACGAAGGGGAAAAGAUUGUUGUAAUGAACUUUGAUGCAGUCAAUUUUUUGAAAGAGAUUUAUCUCAAUGCACGUGAAAGUGGCAUUCUAGGAGAGAACAACGAGCUGAGCAAGGAAAAAGCACUGGAAUAUGUGGCCACCAUUGAGGAAGGCGAGUGGCGUGAAAAAACAAAGGAAAUUAUCGAAUCGUGUUGGGCUAAGCUCGAUGCCAUGAAGGAACUGUCUGCCCAAAAACCCUCCAAAUGCCCCCUGCUGUACAUGAUGAUGCAAAUCUGUUUGGGCAAAAAAAUAUUUUUAGAAUGUCCGGCCGCGGAAUGGCACACAACCCCGUUCUGUGAGGAGGCCAAGCAGUCAAAUUGCCUUCAAGAUUGAAACAUGGGAUAAAACAACAUAUUGUUAUAACGUUCUGAAAAUAAAAUAUUUAGGUGCACUUCAUUUUUUGUAACAAAACAAAAAUCAAUAAAACAAACCAGAUUCA